AUGCAUUCGUUCCAUCGGAAAAGUAGUUCUGGCAGGCCUGCUACGCAAAUUGAUAGUUCAGCUUCGCCUACCAUUGCGAACGACACCGAAAAACAAGCAUCUCAGGAUGCAACACAAUCGAAGAAGUCGGUUUACGCAGGUCUGGGAUGGCUUGAUCGCCUCCUAGCACUCUGGAUAUUACUUGCCAUCGUGAUUGGUAUUGUGCUUGGAAAUUUUGUGGACGGCAUGGAGGAAGCUCUGCAAAGAGGAAAGUUUGUUAAUGUUUCUGUACCCAUUGCCGUGGGUCUUCUGGUUAUGAUGUAUCCGAUUUUGUGCAAGGUGAAAUACGAGACCUUGCACCGCGUCUUUGCUCACCGCCAGAUAUGGAUACAGUUGGGUUUCAGCGUCUUCGUGAACUGGAUUGUUGCACCCCUUCUUAUGCUUGGACUUGCUUGGGCCUUUUUGCCAGACGAGCCCGGACUGCGCACGGGUCUCAUUUUUGUUGGUUUGGCUCGAUGUAUUGCCAUGGUACUCAUCUGGACCGGCCUCGCGGGCGGAGACGACGAGUACUGUGCUAUUCUGGUCGCCGUUAACUCGGUGCUCCAGAUGGUGCUGUACGCUCCACUGGCCAUCCUGUUCGUGAAGGUCAUUAGCCGCACUGAUGCCGACGCCAUCUCAUACAGCACCGUGGCCACAAGUGUUGGGGUGUUCCUGGGCAUUCCUCUUGGAGCGGCGAUGGUAACACGUUUUGCUAUUCGUGCUGUCAACGCCACGUGGUACGAGCACGUCUUUUUGAAGUGGCUUGCACCUUGGUCGCUGAUCGGCCUGCUCUACACCAUUCUUGUCUUAUUUGCGUCACAAGGAAAGCAAGUGGUGCAUCAGAUCGUAUCAGUGGUCCGGGUCGCAGCUCCCCUGAUCGUCUACUUUAUUGCCAUCUUCUUCAUGACGUUGGUUGUAACGAAACGGCUCGGGUUUGGAUAUAAGUUGGCAGCGACGCAAAGCUUCACGGCCGCAAGCAACAACUUCGAGCUUGCCAUUGCCGUGGCGGUCGCCACUUUUGGAGCGAACAGCGACGAAGCUUUGGCUACCACGGUAGGCCCUCUCAUCGAGGUUCCGGUAUUGAUCGCGCUCGUGUACUUGGUGAAGUGGGUAGCCAAACGCUGGAGCUGGGAAGACUAG